UAGAGCUUAGGGUUUGGUCCUUCCUUCGAGCAUGGCGAGGAAGAAGCAUGUCUUGUCAGGUGACAGGAGAAGUUCCAGGGCUCAAGGGAAUGCCCCGCUCCCGGCAUUGCGUCGCGCAAUCGCGCUGUAGGUCUUCCAUCCUAGGGUAUCGUCUAUGGCGAUGGCGGAGAUGGCGCCAGCACAGCAGCAGCAGAAGAUUGGCAAGCCGCCGUCGCCAUUCGCAGCUCCAAUGCAGCCGAAUCAGGUAUCGCUCCAGAAUCACCAGCUCCAGCCCCAAAUCCAGAGCCAGCAGCAGCAAAUUUUGAAGCACAAGCUCAAGGAGAAGAAGAUUUUCGGAGGCGGCGGCCAAGGGGCGACUGCCAGUCCUUCUCCUCCACCUCCGCCUUCUUCUGCGGUUCCUGCCGCUGCUGCUCCAUCUCCUCCUCCUCCUACUCCUCCGCCCGCCACUGCUGCUGCUACUGCUAUUGCCGCUGCCGCCGCCACAGCUCCGCCCAUGCCUGGAGGAGCCAAAGAGAAACCCGAUGCCGUGGAAGUGGAAAUGGCUAGACAGGAUCUAAUGCGUGUGUGUAACCCAGAUAUCCAUCGGCCAUUCGUGUCCCUGGAAGACGCUUGUGAAAGACUUCUUCCUUACCACGUCGUAGCCGAGUACGAUAUGGACGAAGUGGAGGACAGGGCCACCGACGGUCACGGCUCCGUCUCGAGAAGCCAGCUCUGGAACGAAACGCUGAGCUCCAAGAGCCGGGAAUACUUCCUGGCGCUCCAGAAGCAAAUCGCCAUGUACAACAUGAUCGUGAGGAAGCGGUGGGAGGGAGAGAUGCGAGGCGAGGAGCGGCUGCUCGUCGAGCAGCUCCUUCUCGAGGACGAGAAGCAGAGACUCUCGGAGCUGCGGAGCCAGAUGGAAGCGGAGAAGGCAGCGGCGGAGGCCAAGAUGAAAGAGGCGAUCGCUCACGUAGAGAAGGUCCGAGCCGCCGAGGCACAGGCGCGAGAACAAGCAGCAGCCCAGCAGCAAUCCAGCGGCGGCGGCACCGCCUCCAAAGACUCCUUCCAGGCGGCGGACAUGAAUCUCAACGUCGAGGCGAGCGAUCCUCGCCAGGCCGACGACGCCAUGCAAUGGGUGUCGGACGAGGACGCCGAAGAGGAAGAAGGUGACGAAGAUGGUGAGGGUGAAGGUGAAGGUGACGGCGAGGAGGGUGACGCUGAUGACGGUGAAGGUGAGGGCGAGGGGGACGAAGAAGACGAGGGUGACGGUGACGGUGAUGGUGACGGUGACGGUGACGGUGACUCUGAGGACGAGGAGGAUGGAAAUGCCAUGCAAGGUGGGAGCUGGAGCCGUGGAGCCCAAUUCGAUCUAAACACGAGGAGUGGGAUUUCUAGAUGAUAGAGAGAAAAUAUCGCUGUAUUUUUUAACCGCUAGGAUCUAACCAAAAACCCAUUUUGCUCUGUC